AUGUCAGCAAGACUGCUAGCAGCUUUUAUCCUAAAUCCGUUCUUUUGCCAGUGUUUCGUAACCGCCGCCGUGGGUAUAAACAUAAUAGGUUUCGGCUGCAUCUUGGGUUUCCCAGCCAUCUUGCUGCCCCAACUGCAUACCCCAGAUACGCCCGUUCCGGUGACAAAAGAAGCAGAGUCAUGGAUUGUUGCGGCGUUAGCUCUGAGUGUACUCGCUGGCAACUUUAUCUCCCCACCGAUCAUGGACCGCCUUGGACGCAAGAUGACACAUUACGCGCUCACUGUCAUUUUCUUGAUAGGCUGGUUCACUAUUAUUUUGGCAACUAGUGUUGAGGCUUUGAUCGUCGGAAGAAUCUUGCAUGGGAUUGCUGGCGGUCUUCUGUCAACUUUACGGUCUAUACUGAUUGGUGAAUAUACAAGCCCACGAAAUCGUGGAGCUUUUCUCACUAUAGUAUCUCUUUCACAAGCUUUCGGUAUAUUCAUAGUACAUCUCAUUGGAUCCUUCCUGAGCUGGCAAAAGACUGCAUUCGUAUGCGUAUUCUUUCCGUUUGUAAGUCUUGUUAUGAUCAUUUAUACACCUGAAUCUCCAAGUUGGUUGGUAUCUAGAGGCAGAUACGAUGAAUGCAGACAAGUAUUUAAAUGGUUGAGAGGAAACGAAGAAAAUGACGAACUAGAAGACAUGAUUGAAGCAAGACUAGCGUUUGAACAGGCCGCUGUGAAAGAAAACAAGAAUCAAAAUUGGUUCUCUAAAUUGGCUACAAUAAUACGAAAGAGAGAGUUCUAUAUACCUAUAAUUAUCAUGAUCCACAGCAAUAUUUUAUUGCAGUUCUCUGGUGGACCUAUUAUGUCAUCUUAUUCUACAGUCAUUAUGAACCUCCUAAUGGGACCAAAGGCAAACGCAUAUUUUUGGAUGGUCUUUAUAGAUACUCAAAGAAUUAUUUUUAACACUAUAGCUAUUUUUAUCAUCAACAGAACCAAAAGGCGAGUAAUGAUCUUCACAACAGGCUUGCUAUCAGUAGAAAGUCAUUUUGCGAUUGCAAUCUAUGCUUACUGCAGAAAUCACGGUUGGGAUUAUGAUCCAGUCUGGUUACCAGCUUUGUUAAUCAAUUUGCAAUACUUGGCAGUGGCUAUAGGUACUGUGCCAAUGCCACAAGUUAUAGGUGGGGAGGUAUUCCCUCUGGAGUAUAGGAGUAUAGGUGGUACGAUUAGUCAGGCAGCAGGAGGAGUUGCGAUGUUCGUGGCACUAAAGACUUUUCCCACGUUGUUAGAUAAAACUGGAUUACACGGCACGUACACAUUUUACGGCGCUAUUUUAUUAGUUAAUUUAAUCAUUGUAUUGAUCCUGCUGCCGGAGACGAAAGGAAAGACUCUUCAACAAAUAGAAAAUGAGUUCCGAGGACGAGCGCUGAAGCUGGAGGAGCUAGAAGCGAAGCAGUCACUUCAGUCAAAUCCGAUUGAGAUCUACAAAAGAAAGGUGUCGGAGAGGAGUAGUAGUCCCGUUCUGCUUUAA